UUCUCUUAUCAGCUACUGAAAACGAAAACUGAAGACUACAACUCCCGUGAAGCAACUCAUCGGAUGGACGCUGCUGCGCAGGCGCAGGGCAAACGGUCGGCGCGGAAGAUUUUGAGUUUUGUUUGAAUGGCUGAAGGCAGAGUUUGGGAGGGGAUUGUGUUUUUAACUUGCUUAGCAAUGUUGACAUGGCGACGUUGUUAAACCUGUCGGAUUCGGACUCUUCGGUUCGGAACGACCAGUCUUUGUCCAAUCGGACCAUCAACAGGAGUUUGAGAGUCGCAGAAAAGGAGAGGAAGAAGAAUGAGGCGGAGGACCCAUUUGUUGUGGCCCUAAAGUACUUCUCUGAAGUGGAAGUGGGCACUCCUGUAAUCGGGAACGAUGAGCUGGAGAAAAACCUGGUGCAGGUGGAGAAAGUGGCAUUGAACAGGGGACUGUCCCCAGAGGCCCUUUCUGUCAUGCUGGAGUUUGCAAUGAGCCUACGUAUGGGGAGCAGUCCAUGUGCGCGGGUGCUGAAGUGUCUGCUUCCUGCAUCCGUGGUGCCCCAGGAGGCUGUUGUUCGAGCUGUAGUUUGGCUCAGUGUUGGGAAAAUACCCAUCAGCACUCAGGUUCUGUUUAUAAAGUGGGUGUUGACUGUAUUUGACAUGAUCGAUGCAAAGGAUAGGCUGCGAGCCAUAUAUGGCUUCAUCUUCAGCUUCGUCACAGAUGAAAAUCUGUGCCCUUUCAUCUGCCACUUGUUGUACCUUUUAACCAGAAAGGAAAGUGUGCGUGUCUUCAGAGUCAGGAAGCUGCUGGAACUCCAGUCUAAACUGGGAAGGCAGCCUUACCUCCUGCACCUUCUAUCACUUUAUAAAGUGUUUUGCCCUGAGUUGGUGACGCUGUCCAUACCAUCCCGGAUGAGGAGCGGGUUUAAGAAUCAUAUUUCCCCCUGGAAAUCAGCUCUGAUGGGAGUCCAGAAGAGGAACAAUUUGCAGGUCCCCUCCAGCAUCAGCACGGCAUUCGCUGCCAAAGAUAAAUCCACCUCACGGAAAAGGAAACUCAACCACCUGGAACUGCCAGCGAUGAGUGCCGUCACCAACAAAGAGCCACAGAUGGAGCAGACCUCCAGGAGAAAGUUAGUUCCCCUUGUGCAGAUCCAGUCCUUCUCUCAGCUUUUGGAGAAUAUGCAUCGCAUUGAGCUGCCUUCUCAGAUGGGCUCUCUGCUGGGUUCCAGUCUGGCUCUGCAGUACCUGGACUGCGUGCAGGAUGAGUCUGCCCUCCUACGCCUCAAUUUUUGGCUGGGCUAUGCUCUACACGAAGAAUUUCUGUUCUGCAGCGAUGGAGGAGCCAACCAGAAUGCUGGAGAAGCUCUCCAGUUUUUAAAUAGGCUGCUGUGCGCGCAGCACUUCCUGCAGGAAGGGUUUCCCAGUUCUGAUGCUUUCCUGUACAAAUUCCUGAACGUUUGGGAUGGCUCUCUGCUGUGUCCGCAGAUCCUUAACCUUCUGAGCAACAUUCCUGUCAUUCCGAGCUCACAAAUCAAAACCCUUCUGUUCGAGCCUCUCAUGCAGCUUUUCUUCACAUCGUCGCUGUUUUUUAAGUGUGGACUGAUUGAAUGUUUAAACCACAUGCUGUUGAAGUGGCUGACCUGGCACUCUGUGUACGCCCUGGAAGAUGACCUGGACAUCAGCCUCAACAGCCACACGUCCAUAAACAUAACCCUGUCAGGGUUCAAGGACUCUGUGAUGGAUCUGGUUCACUUUGUGGGUCGCCUGGCCUCAGUGGGCCUUCAGCUGGAGGGCUGCCACUCUCUCCUGCUCAACUUCAUUCUGGAUUUCUAUGAGACUGUGUGUGACACUUUCCUGAAGUUUGGUCUUCCGCUCAUGGUCAUGCCUCCUCCAGGAGUUUUUUGCACGGCUUUUUUCGCCACAGACCCGGUCAGCGUGGACAGACUGGCCUACAUCAUGCACAGGUACAAAGUGAACCUGACCUCAGCCAAGAGUCAGGAGAAAGUGACCAAGCAGGCCUUUCACAUCAACCGGCAGACUUUCCGUGACUUCAACCACUACCUGGUGUUCAUGGUCAACGGCCUGUGGAACUCCAACAUGUGUUAUACGGAAACCAACCUACAGCUGUCAGAGGAGCUGCUUGAGAAGAGCGGCGUGCCACAGUACUCGACCCGCUUCGACCUCAUCCACCACCCAGCCUUCAUGAGCUACGCUGUGGACUUUCACCAGAAGUGUUGGCCGGGCAGAGAGGACAUGGACCUCAAUUCCAUCAAGCAAUCCAAGCCAUGGAGCUGGUACCUGGAGUAUCUGUUCACCCAGGGCUUUGACGGCCUAAAAGACUUUAUUCAGAAUAACAUCGGGCGAUUGGCAUGAUGGCGUCACGCGCAGGCAGGAGCUCGACUGCGCAGAACAGAAAAGAACCACUUGGGUCUUAAGGAUGUAUUUUAAAAGACAUGUACAUAUUUAAUCUCUUCUCCUCGUUUGCUCCUUGCAAGUCCCUUUUUUAAUGUACAUAUUUUUUAUGAUGCUAUGGCACUGCUAGUCGCUUAUGAAGAAUGAACUGUGCUGUGCAAAUAAAGUGUUUAUGUUUUA